AUGAUUGAACACCAGAGAUCUGUGUCCUUCAAGGAUGUGGCUGUGGGCUUCACCCAAGAGGAGUGGCAUCGGUUGAAUCCUGCUCAGAGGGCCCUGUACCGGGAUGUGAUGCUGGAGACCUAUAGUAACCUCGUCUCAGUGGGUUAUGAAGGCACCAAACCAGAUGUGAUACUUAAACUGGAGGAGGAAGAAGCGCCAUGGAUUUCUGAGGCAGCACGCCCAGGUUGCUACUGUCAGGAGGACUUCUGGGAAGUUAAUGUCCAGAGGAAAAGACACCAAGACCUACUUUUGAGGCAAGGUACAUUCAUCAGCAAGAAAACAUUGUCCAAGGAAAGAAGCCACAGCUGUAAUAAGGUUGGGAGAAUAGCGCUUCGGAGGGCUGAGCUUUUCCCUCCAACUCAAACCCCCAGUAAUUGGGUCGCAUGUGGAAAGAGCUUAAAACGUAAUUUAAACCUGAUUGGUUUUAAGAGCAACUGUUCAAAAAAGCAAUAUGAAUGUUUUGGAUAUGGGAAGUUGUUACCGUUUAUAAAUCACGACAGAAGACUCAAUGGAGAAAACCCCUUGGAAUGCAGUCAGUGUGAGAAGGUUUUCAGUCAUAACCCAGCACUUAUACAUAAACCGGCAACCAACUCUCUUGUGUACAAACGGAAGAGGGCUCUACCGACAGAAAAACCCCAUGUCUGUAGUGAGUGUGGGAAAGCAUUCUGCUACAAGUCUGAGUUCAUUAGGCACCAGAGAAGUCACACUGGGGAGAAGCCAUAUGGCUGCUCUGACUGUGGGAAGGCUUUCUCACAUAAAUCGACCCUUAUUAAACACCAGAGAAUUCAUACAGGGGUCAGGCCCUUUGAAUGUUCCUUUUGUGAGAAAGCCUUUACCCAGAAGUCACACCGCACAGAACAUCAGAGGACACAUACAGGAGAGAGACCUUUUGUGUGCAGUGAAUGUGGGAAGUCAUUUGGUGAGAAGUCAUACCUCAAUGUACAUCGAAAAAUGCACACAGGAGAAAAACCGUAUCGAUGCAGAGAAUGUGGAAAAUCCUUUAGUCAAAAGUCAUGCCUCAAUAAACACUGGAGAACUCACACAGGAGAAAAACCCUAUGGAUGCAGUGAAUGUGGCAAAGCUUUCUACCAGAAGCCCAACCUGAAUAGACAUUUGAAAAUUCAUGCUAGGAAGAAUGACUACAGGAAUGAAAACCUAAUAAUUGUGGGAAAGCCUUGA